GCCACGGGGUGGCAAGGUUGAUGCUCAGAUGGUUCUCCCCAAGCCCUGCAUUGGAGGUGUGGGACCUAAGCAGGCAGGCAACUCCAGCACAGAGGAGGUCUGUAAGGUCCAGGAGAGGAGAUGCUGACUGAUGCGGGAGGAGGAAGACAAUGGGCAGGUGUAGGGCUCCUCCCUGGGAGCCAGGGUGCCCAAGCACAGGGCUCUGCACCUGCCCCUCCACCCAGAGACCACCUCAUCCUCCAACGACAAGCCAUCAGCGCUGGUCCGUAGUGACAUGGCAGCCCUUGCCUAGCUGCCCCCAAGUGCAAGCUCAGCAGCAGCAAGCAAAAGCCUCGGCUUGGCAGCCGUUUUGCAAGCCCACCCCGACGCCGCGACAGCCUCGGGGGCACCUUCAAACACUGGUGCUGCUCAGCACCGCUAAAGAUGUCUCCGCUUCACGGACAGAGACACCUGCCCUCAGGGGACAGCGGAGCUGCCUCGGAGGUGACAAGGGCUCCCUGUGCUCCCUCUCACAGGCUGCAGGGACGUCAUCCUCUCCUUCCCCGCCCCAGGCGGGUAGCGGGGCUGCAGAGGCGUCGCCUCGUUCCCAGCAAGCCCCCCCCCCGCCCGAAGCUCGAUGCUUCUGGAAGCCAGGGAGGCACCCGCUGCCGGCCGCGAUGCGGACCCGAGGGAAGCCCUCCCCGUCCCGGCCUCAUUCCCCGCACCUCGGUGGUCCUCGUAAAAUGGCGGCCAGCAGCAGGCCCCCAGCCCCGCCGGACUCCCGGAGGGGCGUAUCGCUCCCCCCACGCCUCGCUGCUGUCGGGACCGAGAGGGACGGCAGCGCUAGGACCGCUCCUCCUGCAGCGUCCGUAGUGGCGAGGCUGCCCCGUCUGGGGUCUGCUGGGAUGAGGAGGUCAACAAUGGUGUCAGCUGGUGUCCUGCUGCCACAGGUGAUGGAUGAGAUCAAGGCAGGCAUCCAGUAUGCCUUCCAGACACAGAACCAGCUGACCUUGGCCAUCAGCGGCACUGGCCACUGUGCCAUGGAGGCUGCCCUCCUCAACCUCUUGGAGCAUGGUGACACUACACUGGUGGCCAUCAAUGGCAUCUGGGGACAACGUGCUGCCGACAUCGCCAGGAGACUAGGAGCCAAUGUCCAUGAGCUGCUGAAGCCGCCGGGUGAGUACUUCACUCCGUGGGACAUAGAGGAGGGCCUGGUGCACCACAAGCCCUCAGUUCUCUUCAUCACCCAUGGCGAGUCCUCCACGGGGGUGCUGCAGCCGCUGGAGGGGCUGGGCAAGCUGUGCCACCGGCAUGGCUGUCUGCUACUUGUAGACGCAGUGGCAUCACUUGGGGGAGCCCCCAUCUUCAUGGACCAGCAGGAGGUUGAUGCUCUGUACUCAGGGUCUCAGAAAGUCCUCAACGUCCCCCCUGGCAGUGCCCUCAUCUCCUUCAGUGAGAGAGCCAGGGAGAAGAUGAUAAGGAGGAAGACAAAGCCCUUAUCCUUCUACUUGGACAUGAGCUGGCUGGCAAACUACUGGGGCUGUGAUGGGGAGCCACGGAGGUACCACCACACAGCACCGAUCAACAGCUUCUUCAGCCUGCGAGAAGGCUUAGCCAUGCUGGCAGAGCUGGGUCUGGAGAACUCAUGGGAGCAGCAUCGGGCUAACUGCGCCCAGCUGUGCCAGGGCCUGCGUGAUCUGGGCCUUGAGCUCUUUGUGAAGGAGGAGAAGGCAAGACUUCCCACCAUCACCACCGUCAGGGUGCCCAAGGGCUACGCCUGGAAAGAUAUCGUGGCCUUUCUCAUGGACAACCACGCCAUCGAGAUUGCCGGGGGCCUGGGUCCGUCUUUGGGCAAGGUCCUGCGAAUCGGCCUCAUGGGCUGCAACUCGACCAGCUGCAAUGUAGACCGUCUGCUGCGUGCACUGCGAGAUGCCCUCGGGCGCUGCCGCCGCAGCAGUCUGUGAGCAGCCCUGCAACAGGGUGGGGGAGCCAGGCAAGACGGUCCAGCACUUCCCUCCAUGCCCAGCUGCAGGCAGCUGGCUAGCAGAGGGACUCCACUGCCUCCCUCAGAUGCUGGCAGGAAACACUGCGCAGUGCAAUUCAAGCCAGAGCAGAAAAAAGAAUCUGGAAGAGCAGGAGACGUGGAGGUGAGGGCUACAGCUCGGCAAACACAGGAUGUGACUCAAAAGCCUUUCUUCGGGUCCCCCAUCCAGAGUCAUUCCUCACUCUGACAGCCUAGCCCCCCAGCUCCUCCUCUUUCCCCGGCCCCAAGGCAUGGCAGCCCUCACUGCAAGCUGACCGGAUGGCUGGAUGCAGGAUAGAACAACAGGUCCCUCCCCUCCCACCACCAUCAAUCCCGGCUGUCCCUGUACCAGAGCCCAGCAGUGCAGUAUGCCAGCCAUCCUCCCCUCAGAUUAGGUACCCUGGGCUGAAACACCUGCUCUGAAGGCAAGCUCUGUGAGAGGAAACAAGAGACUGUGCACCCUACCCAGCUGCAGCAGACAUGCCCUCACUCCCCGGUGCCAGCUUUCCUCAAUAAAGUGACAUGCCAGCAUGCUGCUCCCUGGCUCUGCA